AUGAAUUUUACUUUGAAAUCAAUUUCUCGUGGCCUAACAUACCUUAUCAGCUUGGCCUCUAAGUAUGCAUUGGCUCCAGUAAGUACUAGUUUCUAUGUCUAAUGGUGUCCUCUGUUUUAGUUUCUUCUUUUCAUUUUCAACUUGUUGAUUUUGAUUUAUGCCUAUGUCAUUUACUUUAUCUACCUACCGUACGAAGCCUUUUUCAAGCCUCUAUGGUUGAUUGUCGUGUUGUCUGUUUUGGCUGUCUACAUCAACUUAAAUGUUGUUUUUCAUUAUUAUAUGGCUAGAAGAACACCAGCUGGAUCUCCACCAAUUGUAAGUUGACUAUUGAAAUGUUACAGUAGAUCUAUUUAAGAUAUUGCAUAUUUUUUGGUGUAAUAUUGUACUUUUUGUAUUUACCAAAAGACCGUAUUAGGAAAGUGUGAAUAAUGUCGUUAGUUACAUAUUAUGUUAUGUUUUAUGGCUUUUAGAGUGACAGAACUCCGAGAUGUGCGAAAUGUCAUAAUCACAAGCCCGAGAAUACCCAUCAUUGUCGAAUUUGCGACAAGUGUGUUGUAGGUAUGGACCAUCAUUGCGUCUGGCUGAACCAAUGUGUCGGAGCUGGCAAUCACCGUUACUUCAUUCAGUUUUUGGCAUUUUUGGCUUCUGGGACGGGUUUGUUCUUAGCAUUUGGUUUUAGGACAUUCCUCGACAAUGGCAUGACUGUAAGCUACUUUUAAUACCUUAAUAUUAACAUUUAUAGCUACAAAGUAUGAAAAGGUCUGUAAUAAUAAGAUGUUUAGACAUAAAAAGAAUAAAUUUUGAUUUACAGAACGAUGUAGCGUUUUGUGACGUGAUCCUAGAAGACUGGGCAGAAGGCAUCUGUGCCAAUGGCCACAUGUUUGUAAAUAAUUGUGUCUUCUUCACUUACAUUGUUGGUGUGACUAUCUUUGUUGUAUCUGCUGGUAUGUUCUGUGUCGGAUUCGUUCUAAUAUCUCACGGAUGCACUGUUAUCAGUGCUGUUGUAAGUCAACUUAUUUGAAUUUUAAGGUAUCAUAACAUUGUUGUAAAGGUUAUUAUGUUAUGGUAUGUUUUAUAUUAUCAAAUGAUUGAGAUAACUAUCGUUUUACAAAUCGUUUCAGCAGCGUUACUCUGUGAAAGAGAAAGUAACCUGGUUAAUCUGGCCAUGUAAAGCGAGAAACUUUAAGCAAAACUGGAUCAAUUUCUUGGGAUCGCACGGUGGAAGAAGGUUCUGGACACACAUCUUGUUACCAUCAAGACAUAACACUUAUUACGCAGAAGAAGCGUUGCAAAGUGUUGUUAGUCAAUGUUAA